AUGUGUUUUACCGGGAAAAGAAAAACGGAUAUAUCCACAACAGAACAACUAAGCUUGACUUGAAUGAAAAAAUCUCCAAAACCAAAACAAUGUUUGGUCUGAAUAUGAUGAAAACAUGGAAAUUGUUACCCUCCACAGUUCCAUACUUAAUCAACCGUCCAUCUUCCUCAACCGCCGUUGCCACGGUGAAAAUGGAAAAACCACCAUCCUCCAAUUCCAAACCCCGCAGAAGAUCCUCUUACGGAACUUCUCGUAAAUCAAUUCUCAAAAAAACCUUCAAACAAGAACAAGUCACUUUCACCGCCCCUUUCUCCGACGAACCACAUGUCGCCAUCAUUGGCGGUGGUAUCUCCGGUCUCAUUUGCGCUAUCUUCUUAGACAAACGCGGCAUUCGCUCCACCGUUUUCGACACUGGUCUUCAUGGUCUUGGAGGAAGAUUGGGAACAAGGAUUAUUGAUGAUGAAUAUGAUUCUUUGGUUUUUGACCAUGCUGCUCAGUUUUUUACUGUCAAUGAUUCUCGUUUUGCUGAAAUUGUUAAUGUUUGGUUGGAUAAGGGUUUGGUUCGAGAAUGGAAGGGUACUGUAGGAGAGUUGAAGAAUGGUGGUGAGUUUCUUCCAUUUUUACCCUCUCCUCCAAGAUAUAUAGCUACUCGUGGAAUGCGCUUUCUGGCUGAUUCGUUACUGUCUCAGACUAGCUUGGUGAAUGUGGAGAGACCGUGCUGGAUCAGUAAAUUGGAGCCAUUUAAUGGGAUGUGGCACUUGAGUGAAAAUGGGAAACCUCGUGGGAAGUUUGAUGCAAUUGUUAUUGCACACAAUGGAAAAUGUGCUAACCGCUUGCUUAUGACAUCGGGUUUGCCAUUAAUUGCUAAACAAAUGAAGAGGCUGGAAUUGAGUUCAAUAUGGGCCCUUUUAGCAGCGUUUGAGGAAACUCUUCCUUUUCUAGAGAAUACAGAAGUUGCUUUUGAAGGAGCUUUUGUGAGAGGAAUUGAUUCAGUGUCAUGGAUGGCCAAUAAUACCAAGAAACUGCUGGCUUCCCAGAGUGACGGUCCUCACUGUUGGACCUUUCUAAGUACUGCUGCUUAUGGAAAACAGAACAAGGUUCCACAGGAAAAUAUUCCUACUGCUACAGCAACAAGGGUAAAGGAAGGCAUGCUAGAGGGUGUUGAGACUGCCCUCGGAUUAUCGAAAGGGUCGCUUCCUAAACCUUUUUAUACGAAGCUCCAACUAUGGGGUGCAGCUCUUCCAACUAACACACCUGGAGUUCCUUGCAUCUUUGAUCCCUUCGGAAGGGCUGGGAUAUGUGGUGAUUGGCUGCUAGGUUCGAAUAUAGAGGCAGCAGUCUUAAGUGGAAUUGCUCUAGCUAACCAUAUUGCAGACUAUAUCCAAAGUCUCGGAACUGACCCUGGAGAGUUUGCUGUUGGUUUGAAUCAUGAGUUUCAACCACUGGAAGGGCAUGAUAUUGGACAAUUCCCGGGUUUGGGGUCAGAAGAAAAGAUCACUGAAGCCCAAGUAUAUGAACUUGCCAAGUAGGUUAUGCCCGCUAUGGUGCUCAUAAAGCAGGUCUCUCCUCUGCCAAUAGAAGAUUCAUUUCAUAUCCAUGCAAAGGAUAUUCCCCUGAAAGUAACGUCACUGGUCUCAAGAGAUGAUUUAACUUGAAACUGAAACUCUCCGUUGGGAGGGAAGGGGCCUUAUAUCACUCAACAGCUACAUGUAAUGACAAAAGUUGUAAGUUACUUGCCUCUUCGAAAGAAAGAGAUAGUGACAUUAUUAUAUUUUUGGGAAUGAAAUUUUAUGAAAUUAGUAGUUCUCUUUCUCAUCCAUCAAA